GACGAAACACUCUAGACUUGUCCGCAUUCUCUAGCUCCGCUCGUUCUCUUUUCCGCCUAUGUCCUCUGCCUCUAGCUCCCCCAGCUCGAGCACGACGCAGCCCGACGGGUCAAAAGCACCCUCACCAGGCCAUGCAUUCCCUAUAUACUGGUCGCGCGUCCCUUCCAUCAAGAUUGUCCGCCAGCCCAAAGGCCGAUACUCUCCCCAAGUCGACGAACGCUGUCUGAUGUACUGCGCGCAGACCGUGCGGGGCCGCACCGAACAGCGCGAACCCUGGUGUCGCAGCAUGUGCCUGCGGCGUGUCUUCGCGCACGAAGUCUCCCGUGUCCUCGCCGCGUCCGGGCAGACCGCGUCAGAGCAGCCUGCGGCCGCCCGCACGAAGAUCCCGCUUCCGCCCGAGGGCCAGCGCACGCCGAGCCUCGCGCAGCUGCUUGUCGGCGCGGGCGACGGCGAGCACGAGCGCAUGGACGCGGAAGCGCGCCGCUGGGAAGAGGGCUACUACCUCUGGCUGAGCCGCAGCCGCUGGGCCGCGCAGGAGAAGCUGGACCUGAUGCAGAGCGACCUCGAGCGCCAGGCGUGGUGGCAGCGCUACAAGCAGCAGGCGACCGAGCGCUGGGAAGAGCAGGAGCGGCGGCGCGGGGCGGCGGCGAAAGGCGGGCCACCGGCGAAGGAGGCGGAGGCAGACCUGAGCGCGGCGUCCCAGCAGGGGCGCGGGCGCCCGCAGGACGUGAUGUACCCCAAGCGGCCAUAUCCCGACCUCAUCGGCGAGUCGAUCCUCCUUCCGAUCCCGCCGUCACUCCCACCGAUCGGCGAGCAAGUCGCGACUCUGCUGGCGCCAACACGGCGGCUGCUCGCGCUCACGCACGAGAGCGUGGAUUCGGGCGCGCAGGUGCAGCUCAUGCAGCGCAUGUGGGAGAAGGCGUGGACGAACGAGCCGUUUGUCCUCGCGCGCAACGUGUGCUCGCGGAUGUGGGAGCGGUUCACAAAGGGACCCCCAGACGAUUCACCGUGAAGUGCUCUGGGGAUCCACGUGUAGUUUCCAUCGUGUCUCGUGAAAUAUAGAACACAUUGAGCAUAUCUUUCU